CGACCGCAAUUGAGCAGAAAAUCAGCAGCAAGAUAGCGCAGUAGAGGCAGAGCACACUUGUUAGAGGGCGGCGGCAGCAGCUGAGCUGAACUGAAACGCAGUUGAUCUAAGCAUCAUCUGCUCGUUUGACACUGUGAUACCGAAGAGCACUGGCCAUUGUUGGGUGUCAUCAAAUGUUAGCUUGUAUUCAGCAGUUGCCGAACGGCACCGGCUGCUAAGUCCGCGCAAUCGCGGGAAGAACUUCCAGUCUUCUGCGAUUAGGGUUCGGCCUACCCUCGUAUGCAUGUUGGUCUAUUGCGUCGAGUUCGGGUAGCUAGAUGCACGAAGAAGUACUCGCUUAUUGAAGGGAGCCGUCGAGGUUGCGUCAAGCUCAAUGUGUAACUUUUCCAUCGCUGCAACUUUUAGUCUCCGAUCUUCCCGGACGGGAACUGAUGCCUUGAUUGAAUGUUAUAGGCAAUACCAACAUAUACGAACAAGACGGCAGCAACACCUUUCUUUCCGAUAGCCACCAGGGUCAAUCAAACCGCGUUUCCCUGCCCACGCCGGUCAAACAUCUCCCACAUCUACUGGUCAUCGCACCGGGGUCGGAGCCACCAGAGUACAGGUUUCGUCGCGCCAAGAAAAUUGCUGCAAUCGCUUCUUCCAGGCAUAGCCCACCUACUUGCAGUAGUCAUCCUAUGCGACGCAGUCCGCCAGUGUCUGGUAGACACCGUCGACGCCGUUCCUCCCACGAGCUAAAGUACUACCCAGUAGGUGCGAAGCGUGUGUUGAUAAACAGUUGACCAAAUAGUUUAUAAACCGAGCAAGCGAGAGCAUACCUUCGAUGCAGCUCGCCUCUCUCUAUCCCCUACCCUUACUAUGUCAGGACGAUCAGACCAGGUUCUUACUCAACUAUUCUUGCAGCUCCUAGUAGGAGAGUAUUUCUUGGGAGCUGUCGCGUCUCUCGUCGUCUACGAAUUCGUGAUUACCAUGGUUGAUGAGAUUCAGAUGGUGUGGAAGAGACCCAUCACUGCAUCCGCCAUGCUUCUUGGCUCGGUACGAUGGUGUAUGCUCUUCUCAGUGAUCUUCCAAAUUUUGCCUAUGACGCCAAACGCUGCUUAUCGGAAUCCGAUAUACAGCUGUACACCAUUGAAUAUCUUGAGCUUCUCAUUCACCCUUAUUGGGUUUAUUCAAAUUGCACUCUUCUCCGCUCUGCGCGUCUUCGCAAUAUCUGGUAGAAGCUACGCCUGGUCGCUGGUAGUGUUCACACUGAGCAUGGCACCGUUUGCGACGAACCUUACUGUAGCAAUGACGUUGAUUUACAAUGUCGUCGUGGAACCACCUUUCGGUGCGAUAUGCACACCAAAGCCUUCGCCGUUCUCUGCACGGACGAACGAUAUUCUCACAUACAUCACCCGCGGUUCACUUAUCCUUGCCGACAUGAUCGUGAUCAUCCUAACAUGGAUUAAGACAUUCGGAGACUGGAGACGGGCACGCAGCAUCAAUGCGAAGGUGCCAUUGACAACAUGCUUGCUCCGUGACGGCGAAAACGGCCACAGCGCUCUGCUAACGAUAAACAUAGCCCAGCUACUACUUUACAACUCUCCUACAGACUUUUCGUCUGUGGGUACAUUAGUUUCGAACAUGCCCCUUGUGCUCGCCAAUCGCUUCAUGAUUAAUCUGCGCAUGGCCAACUCAGAAGUGCUGGAUUACUCCACACGUAUUGCAUACCAACUGCAAGAGCCAUCAACAGAGCAUUUCAGAAGGUCAACGAAUCGACUGGGAAAUAUCGGAGAGACGCUGCAGAACGUCUGGGAUGACGAUGACCCCAUAGAAGAGGGGAAUGGCACCGCAGAAGUGGACGGGACACAGCUCUCGUGA